CGUGCGCCGCCGCCGAUCACAUUCUUCCUCCGUCGAAUCCGCGGCAUCUCCUCUCGGUCCUCAGGUCUCCUGACUGGGCUGCUGAACCCACCGCGGACACCAUCUUCACCCACAGGCGCAGUAUCAUUUCCAUCUAACUGUCAUCCAUGAGAUUCUUCAGGCUUACCUUCAAGUGCUUCGUCGACUGCUUCUGAAUCUCCUCCGUCCAAAAGGCUGAACGGACCGCGGCGCUUUGUCAAACAUUUUUUCCAUCUCUUGGCCGAGCUGAGGCUUUUUUUCCCCCCCGACGUGCGAUAAUCACACAAAAAAAACUGCGAUUUUGCUUCUCGAGAUUUCAGGAGGGAGGAAAUUAACAAACUCAGAACCUCUAAAAAAAAAAAAAAAAAGACAGCUGGAGAGCUGAGUGUUGUGGCUACAUCUCUUUGCCUCUCUGAGCCCGCCGGGUGCCUUCAUAGCAGGCGACACUAAACUUCAUCAGCCCCCCCUGGACAAACAGCCAGCUCAUUUUUUUUAAAAAGAAGAACAAAUAUUUUUGUGUCUAUAUCCAAGAAACAUGUCUCCAGAGUUGGAAGAAAACAGCCAAGGUGAAAUCAGCGUCCCCCAGCUGGAGGCUGGGAUCUUGUCCGAGGAGGAGGGCAGCGGGUCAGCUCGCCCGCUGGUGCCCAUGCCCGGAGCCGGCCCGGGGUGCGGCGAGGGCGGAGGGGCCGGCCCGCCGCAGACCCCGGACGGGGCGGCGGCCGGGACGGGAAACGGGGCGGUGGCGGUGCCAGCGGUGGAGAGAGAGACCUGGACCAGACAGAUGGACUUCAUCAUGUCCUGCGUGGGCUUUGCUGUUGGUUUGGGUAACGUGUGGCGGUUCCCUUACCUCUGCUAUAAGAACGGAGGAGGGGUUUUCCUGAUCCCCUACUUGUUGAUAGUGUUUAUCGGGGGCAUCCCAGUCUUCUUCCUGGAAAUUGCGCUGGGGCAGUUCAUGAAGCAGGGAGGGGUCUCUGCCUGGAACAUCGCGCCUCUCUUCAAAGGUCUGGGCUUGGCCUCGAUGGUCAUAGUGUUCUUCUGUAACACGUACUACAUUAUGAUCCUGGUGUGGGGGCUCUACUUUCUCUUCCACUCUUUCACUAACCCGCUGCCCUGGGCCACCUGCGGACACCCCUGGAACACUCCCAACUGCACGCAGGAUUUCAGACGCGCGUGCCACAACCGCAGCGCCCCGCAGCCCGCUGCCAGCCCGUCCAACCUGUCCUCCACCGCCCCCUGGAACGUCUCCGCGCUCCAGUUCCUCCUCAAUGGCAGCUGCGUGGAGGCUGAGGGCAUGCGCUCUCCGGUCAUCGAGUUCUGGGAACGUAAAGUGCUUCGCCUGUCUGGAGGCCUGCAUGAGCCUGGAGACAUCAGCUAUGAGAUGGUCCUGUGUCUCAUAGCCACCUGGAUCAUUGUUUACUUCUGCAUGUGGAAAGGAGUUAAAUCUACUGGCAAGGUUGUGUACUUCACCGCUCUGUUCCCAUACCUGGUUCUUGUUGUUCUUCUGGCCCACGGCGUCACUCUGCCUGGAGCUUUGGAUGGGAUUGUUUACUACCUGAAACCAGACUGGUCCAAACUCGGAGAAGCCCAGGUGUGGAUUGAUGCCGGCACUCAGAUUUUUUUCUCCUAUGCCAUUGGACUAGGUGCCCUGACCGCGCUGGGCAGCUACAACCGCUUCCAUAACAACUGUUACCAGGAUGCAUUUGUGCUGGCUCUCAUUAACAGUGGGACCAGCUUCUUUGCAGGCUUUGUCGUGUUCUCUGUGCUGGGCUUCAUGGCUGCAGAGCAAGGGGUGGACAUCAGUAAGGUAGCCGAGAGUGGUCCAGGCCUGGCCUUUAUAGCCUACCCGAAGGCCGUGACUCUGAUGCCUCUGGCGCCGCUCUGGGCAGCACUUUUCUUCUUUAUGUUGCUCAUACUGGGCCUCGACAGCCAGUUCGUUGGGGUGGAGGGUUUGAUCACGGGAAUCAUGGACAUGCUGCCCCCUAAAUCGGCGCUGGGCUCCCUGCGGCGAGAGGUGGUGGCUGCCAUCUGCUGCGUCAUCUGCUUCUUCAUUGACAUGUCCAUGGUGACCGAGGGAGGGAUGUAUGUCUUCCAGCUGUUUGACUACUACUCUGCCAGCGGCAUCACUCUGCUGUGGCAGGCCUUCUGGGAGUGUGUGGUGAUCGCAUGGGUCUACGGCGCAGACCGCUUCAUGGACGACGUGGCCCGGAUGAUCGGCUAUCAGCCCUUACCCUACAUGAAGUGGUGCUGGUCCUACGUCACGCCGCUCGUGUGUGUGGGAGUGUUCCUGUUCCACGUGGUGAACUACAAGCCCCUGACUUACAACACAGUGUACACCUACCCUCUGUGGGGUGAGGUGCUGGGCUGGGCGCUGGCUCUGUCCUCUAUGCUCUGCAUCCCUCUCACCGUGCUCUACAAACUCCUGCGCUGCAAGGGAUCUUUGCGGGAGCGGUGGCGACACCUCACCACCCCGGUGUGGGGCAGACACCACCUGGAGUACCUGGCCCCGGAGAGCGAGGCCAAGCUGCUGCCCCCUGCAGGAACCAAGAGCACACUGCUCUUUGAGAGCGUCAUCUGACGAGCCCCACAGAACGCAGAGCCAAGGUCACCGUUGGCAUCAACGCACGCGCGCGCGCACACAUGCACACAAUCCCGGC